UCGGUCUUCCCCUCCACGGAAGAACUCCUCCAACCACACAUUCCUCUUCCAGUUUACCAAGCUCAGGAGGAAGUAAAUCCCGGGGUAGUUUAACUUUUCCCACCCCUGAGAAACCGCGCACAGGAGAACAGCAGCUUGAUUCGCAGAAACUUCCAACUUCCAACUUCCUUUGGUUAUUUUUAGUUUUCCUCCCUUUUUCGGUUUUGUGGAUCCAUCAAGAUGUCUGUGCAUACGAGCCAGAAGACGAUGACCUACCGGACCUUGAAGGUGGCCACCCCGGAGCCGUUGACCAGCACGAUGAUCUCGUCCUGCCCGGUGUCCCCGACUCCGUUGACCAGCACGGUGAUCUCGUCCGGCCAGGUGUCCCCGGCUCCGUACGCGAUGAACGGCACCUUUGAGUCUGUUCGGUACCUGGUCCCCAUGCAGCAGGGCAUACAGCAGCAGCAGCAGCAGACCUACAUCCCGGUGCAGCAGGGCAUGCAGCAGCAGCAGACCUACAUCCCGGUGCAGCAGGGCAUGCAGCAGCAGUACAUCAUAAUGCAGCAGCCCAUGAUGCAGCAGCCCAUGAUGCAGCAGAUGGUGUCCCCGGUGUACCUUCAAGGGAUGUCCCACCUGAGCGUCAGCAGCCAGGACUCCACCGACAAUUGCCAGCAGCACAUCAGGAAUGAGAGCAUCAGCGGGAUGUCUUCAUCAGUGUUCAGCGCAGAGGAGGAGGAGGACGAGGUGGUUGAGGAAGAGGAAGAGGAAGAGGAAGAGGAAGAAGAGGAGACGGUUGUGAUAGAAGAGGUGGAAAUCAUCAACGUCCUGAAGCAGAAGGCGUCGGUGAUAAACACCUGCAGAACAGAGGUGAAGGAAAUACCUCAGGAGACGAAGAUGGACACGCGCUACUUCGGCGAGCUGCUGGCCGAGGUCUACAGGAAGAACUGCGACAUCCACUCCUGCAUCUCCGAGCACGUGUCCAAGAUCCGCGGACAGAAACACCACCUGGAUCCCAGCAAUGACUACAAGGUAGAAAAAGAGGAGGUGGAGGCUUUGCUUCCCAAAGGAGCCUCUGAACUGACCAGACAACAAAUCCGAUACCUGCUGCAGACUCGUCUCACUGCAGAUAAGAGCAUGCGCCUGCUGCUGUCUACCUUCAGCAGUCUGAGGGAGGAGCUGCUCCACAUGACGGAGGACAUGAUGCGUCUGGAGAGCGAGAAGGAGGCUCUGGAGAGAGACCUGAGCUUCAAAUCGGACCAGGCCCUUCAGUAUGACUCCCUGCUGGAGGCCGUGAGAGACAACAACAGACAGCUGCAGUUGUCUCUGAAGGAAAGCAGCUCCAUGCAGCGCUCCCUGGAGAGCCAGCUGAUGAGCACCAAAAGCUCCGACUCGAGCCGCGACUUCAAACUCAAAGAGAUGGAGGGCAGGAUGAGGGCGAUGGAGAACGAGAACGAGAUGCUCCGACAGAAGCUGGCGGGUCAGGCCAGCAGCACCACCCUGCACUUGAAGACGGAAGAGCUGUCCCGUCAGUACAAAGACCAGCUGGAGGCCAUGAGGGACGCCAAGGACCAGGAGAUCCAGAGACUGAGGAGCCAGGUGACGAGGAUCCAGUCGGAGGUCACCACCACCACCACCCAGAAGUCGUCCUCCGACCAGAGUCUCCAGCUGAAGAUCUCCGAGCUGCUCGCCAUGCUGGAGCAGCGGCAGACCACCAUCAGCAAACAGGAGGAGGAGAUCAGGAGGCUGAUGAUGGAGAAGUCCAGCAGCAGCUCCAAGAACCAGGUCACCAGAACCAUCACCACCCAGAGGUUUAAUACCAAGUACCCUAUGCUGGGUCUGCUGGAUGACCAGUACCAGAACUCAAGCGUCAAAGAAAGCAAGACCAUCGUACUUCAGAGAACUACUUGAGAGGCGAUCGAACAGGAAUGAUCGAGCGACAAGAAGAUCCAGACGUCCGUCCCGUUCCUUCCCAGUCCCCCCCCCCCAAAGUCCCUCCUCCUCCUCAGGGCUCCCAGGCUUGGUGGUAGUGGAUGUAUUAAAGCCCUAAAGUCGAAGAAAAGUGACCAGAUAAAUUAUACUGGUCCAAAAACACAAUUCAAAGAGGGAAAACUUAAAAAAACUCAGACAUUCUUUGAGAUCGGAGGCAAGUCUAUCCGAAAAAGGAAGACAUUUCCAAGACAAAAACAUGCAUCAAAUAAUGCAUUUGAAAGCAAAAAAAACUUGCAAAUUUGUGACUUUAUUUCCAAGAAUUUCCAAGAAAAAACUUGCUCUACUUUGCAAGGUUGGAUCAACCAUGUCACAAUAAAUCAAAUCAACACAGGCCAUUUUUAAAAUUUGCUCAAACACUACUAUGGAGAAGGUGUGGUCAAACGACUGAAUGGCCUAAAGUAUUUUCCUCACACACUUUUAUAUAAACCAGAGCCGCCUUAAAGCCACCACAGCCUUGUUAGCCCGGGGGGUGAGGAAGUGGAACUAUGAUUGCUACUCUGUACAUAUUUAUAUUUUUUUAUAUAUAUUGUAAGACACUCAGUGAAUGUUUUGAGGAACUUUUGAAAGAAAUCGGGUAGUUUUCUUCGUGGUUAAAGGUAGUUUUUACGUGUGGCAGGGUGGAGAGACAGAGAGAUGGAGGAAGAGAGAAAGUGGUGACAGGUGGAAAACUGAAAACAUCCAGACUGAUUAGAUGCAACCUGGAGUCGCUGUGCAUGGGGAUGUGUUCACACGGAGCUUCUGAUGUGUUGGUGGAGCUGUAGCGUGAUUUUAAUGAGGGUUUAUGAUGGUGGAAGAACAUUUUAAAAGCACAAUAUUAUGUUAGUUGUUUUCCUGCUUUGUCUCCGUUCAGGUUUUUGCAAACAGGAAUCAUGCUGACGGCUUUGUGUCCACUGGGUGCUCGAUUCACUUCUGGGUAGAGAGUUUAAAGACACUGAGGCUUUUAUUUAUUGUUGCUCUUAACGUAGAGACCACUGCAAAGACUUCCUGCUGCCAAUAAAAUGAGCCUCUGUAUGUGGUGUGUCUCCCAAACCAGCGCCCUCACAUGCAUUUGUACAGGACAGGAUAAAAAGAUGUAUUUUCUGAAGCAUUUAUAAUCUUCAGCCGUCUGCAAACACAUCCAUAACUCGUCCAUUUAACUGACAGAUUUGUACAUUUGAGUUUCUUAUAUUUACCAGAGAUGUGUUUAUUGAAAAUAGGCAUAAAACUGCAGUGCACCUAGGAAACACAAACAGGAUCAGGAUGAGCUUCUUAAUUUAUCAGGGAAAUGGUUUUGGAUUAUGCAGCUGAUGGUGGAUUUUAUUUGAUCUUAUUUCACUUAUUUUAAUAGAGACGAGCAGCCCAGUGGAAACAGAGCCAGAUUCCUGCAAAAAGCCUGAACAUUUAACUGACUGGACCUAAAGUGCCUUACUGCGUUAGCAACAAGCUAAUGUUAGCACAGCAUUUACUCUUUUGUUGACUAAAUAUCAUCAUCUUUAAACAGUUUUGGGACCAAUGCUGUCUUUUUCUGUGUCAUUUUCUCUGAGGAGACUAAAUCUUUGCUGACAGUAAAUUGUAUGCUGAGCUAAAUUAACUGGUUGUGGCUAAUCUAGCAAAUAGAUGUGUUCUUAAUAUAUAUUUUCUUAUGCAAACAGCUGUCUCUAUUUUCCAGUUCAAAAGGAUUUUGGGCUCUAAUGAGAUUUCAGCUGUGAUUAAAAUCAGUAGUGUUUCUAUGCAAA